AGCGACCGCACCGUCCCGUCCGUCACGCACCGUCCAUUCAGCCGGGAAACUUUGCCGAAGGCGCCCGGCAGGGGGCACGGGGACAGAUCAGAUAAAACUACAGAAUGACAUGGCUAAAGUCAAGACAGCGCAUGAACUGAUGAGAAACAGCAUUGCCUUCUGAGAACAUUAGCUUCCUAUUUUCUGGAAAUCCUAAGUGCGACUUUACUACCAAAAGAGACCCUGCUAUUACGUGAUCAUUGAACAGUUUGCAAGAAUGGAAAAGCAAAGGACUCCACUGGCUGUAUCACAUCAAUAACAAUAUCAAAAAUUCGGCUGAAUCAAAAAAUGAGUCCAGCCAUGGGCGAAAAUGCAAGUUUUUGGGAGAGCUUGAUAUAUGCGCAUCCUACGUGUGUCACCUGGAAGCAAGAGGCAGAGGGUUCUAUCUACCACCUAGCUAGUAUUCUCUUUGUUGUUGGCUUCAUGGGUGGAAGUGGAUUCUUUGGGCUUCUCUAUGUCUUCAGUUUGCUUGGAUUAGGCUUCCUCUGCUCUUCUGUUUGGGCUUGGCUGGAUGUCUGUGCUGCUGAUAUAUUCUCCUGGAAUUUUAUACUGUUUGCUAUAUGCUUUGUACAAUUCAUUUAUGUUACCUACCAAGUUCGGAGUGUUUCCUUUGACAAAGAAUUCCAGGAGCUCUACAGUGCUCUCUUCCAGCCUCUAGGAAUUUCCUUAACUGUCUACAGGAAGAUUGUUUUGUGCUGUGAUGCAGAAGUGGUUACCCUGGAGAAGGAGCACUGUUAUGCUAUGCAGGGCAAAACACCUAUUGACAAACUGUCUUUGCUUGUAUCAGGCAGGAUCAGAGUGACGGUUGAUGGGGAGUUUCUGCAUUAUAUUUUUCCUCUUCAAUUUCUGGAUUCUCCUGAAUGGGAUUCACUGAGACCCACAGAAGAGGGAAUUUUCCAGGUAACGCUUACAGCAGAGACAGAUUGUCGGUAUGUGGCCUGGAGGAGAAAGAAGCUGUACUUGCUGUUUGCUAAGCAUCGUUUCAUCUCACGCCUGUUCUCAAUUUUAAUCGGGAGCGACAUCGCCGAAAAACUGUACGCCCUGAAUGACAGGUGCACGUGGGGAAGGGCUUUAGGAUUCUUCAAGAUGGACAGUACAGCAGUCAGCCCACUCACUCCACUAGGCGUUAUUCCAGACUUAAAAAAUGCCACUUCUGUGCCUUUCAAUGAGACUGCAUGUGAAAACUGGAAGGAGAUCCAUCAUCUUGUUUUCCACGUGGCAAAUAUUUGUUUUGCAGCUGGCCUGGUUAUUCCGACUACUCUGAACCUUCACAUGAUUUUUCUGCGAGGUUUGCUCUCCAUAGGAUGUGCAUUGUUCAUCAUUUGGGCUACGCUCUACCGUUGUGCCUUGGACAUAAUGAUCUGGAAUUCUGUGUUUUUGGUGGUCAACCUUUUACACUUCAUAUACCUAGUGUAUAAAAGAAGACCGAUCAAGAUAGAGAAGGAGCUCAGCAGCCUGUACAAGAGAAUGUUUGAACCACUCCAUGUGCCUCCAGAGCUAUUCCAAAGAUUAACUGGGCAAUUCUGCAACAUUCAGACUUUGAAGGCAGGUCAAGCUUAUGCUGCAGAGGAUAAAACAUCAGUUGAUGACAGGCUAAGCAUCCUGCUGAAGGGGAAAAUGAAGGUUUCUUAUCGAGGGCAUUUUCUGCAUAAUAUUUACCCCUGUGCCUUUAUAGAUUCACCUGAAUUUCGAUCAACUCAGAUGAACCGGGGUGAAAAAUUCCAGGUCACCAUUAUUGCAGAUGAUAAUUGCAAGUUCCUUUGCUGGUCCAGAGAAAGACUGACAUACUUUCUGGAAACUGAGCCAUUUCUUUAUGAGAUCUUUAAGUAUCUUAUUGGCAAAGAUAUUACAAAUAAACUCUAUUCAUUGAAUGACCCAACCUUAAAUGACAAGGCCUCAAAAAAGAUUGAUCGGCAGCCAAGUCUUUGCUCUCAGCUCUCUGUGAUGCAGAUGAGGAACAGUAUGGCCAGUACCAGUGACAGUGAGGAUGGCUUGCAGAUGUUUCUUCGUGGGACUUCCUCUUCAUCUUCUCUUCUGACAGGUCCAGCGGCACCUCCCCUAGUCGCCUCAUCGAUCGCUCCUGCAAGAAAAUUGUCUACUACAGUCUCCAGAAACCUCCUGGCCUGCUCGUGCCCGGCACUGCUGCCACCAGACGUGGGCAGUCAGAGCUCCCAAGCAUCCAGGCCUUCAACUGGGACAUCAUCCAGCUAUCUGAAGAAGGCUUCCAUCUACUUGCUCUUCUUGUUCAGGAAGCAGAUACCUGCUGUGAAGUUGCUUGUGUUGGUCUGUUCUCUGAUCUUUACCCAUAAGCUCUCAGCUGGCUUUUCACCUGUUUCAAGGCAGAUCUCCAUGCACUGAAGCCAGUUCUUUGCAUAGAAGGCACUUAAACAAACUGGCACUCUCAGAAGCCUGAAAGAAGUGU